GGACGGACGCGCCCUAGGCCCUAGCUCGCAGAUCGCACUGACAAGCCGCGCCGCGCCGCCCCUCUUCCCCUCGCUCGCGUCGGCACACGCAGCGCACCCCAGCAGCGAGUUCACUCCACUCCGGCACUACCCCGCCGCCACGCGGCGAACCCGUCGUUAGGAGGAGGCGCGACUGAAUCGGCGGCCAAUCGGAGGCGUCCGGUCAGGCGCGGCACUGCGGCCGCCGGCGGCGGCGGCAGCUACACUCGACUUCGGCCUCGUCGCUGAUGGCUCUCGACGCCAUGUUCCCGGUCCUGCGUUCCUCCGACUACUUCACGAGGCCGUCGAUCGAUGAGCUGGUUGAGAGGGAGGCGGCCGACCCGGGCUACUGCAGUAGGGUUCCGAACUUCGUCGUCGGGAGGGCGAGGUAUGGGCAGGUUAUGUUCUCCGGCAAUACCGACGUCAGGGGGCUGGACCUGAAUGAAAUCGUCACGUUUGACCGCCAUUGCGUGGUGGUUUACGGGGAUGAGGCUGGUAAGCCGGCCGUUGGCCAUGGCCUUAAUAAAGCUGCGGAAGUGAUGUUGUUGCUGGAUUUGAGAAGUCUUCCAGAGCCCAGCAUCCUUGAUGAGUUGCUAAGGUGUCGCACGAAAAAGCAAGGUGCUAGGUUCCUCUCGUUCAAUCCUGUGAAUGGCUAUUGGAAGUUUGAGGUUGAUCACUUCAGUAGAUUUGGGCUAGUGGACGAGGAGGAAGAGGAUGUUGCCAUGGACGAGGUGGCUGCUCGACAACCGAUCUCUGAAGCAAGAGACCCACCUUCAAAUGGAUAUGAACUGGAGCUUUCGCAUUCAUUGCCUGCUCAUCUUGGGCUUGACCCCGCAAAGAUGCAAGAAAUGCGGAUGGCAUUGUUUCCCAAUGAUGAAGAUGACGUAGAUAUGGAAGAUGGCUUCCCAUCUGAUCAGAGAUACCUUAGCAGAGAAAGGAUGAGUGUGGAUUCACCAAACACAAGUGCUAAAGGUGCGCGGCUGAGAUCUCUGUCACCUUUGCAGGGUUCUUCCCAGAAAUUCGGAAGGAGGUCUGGUAUGCUUGCAAGGAAAGAACCACAUGCAUUGCUGGAGUACAGUGUGAAUCCUUCAGAGCUUGGCCCAUCUUCUCAUGGUAUUCUUAUGUCUGGAAAAAACAAGGGAUUUCCUGUGAGAAUGGCCAAGGUAGAAGGUUUCAAACUACCAGCUGAGCAAGCAACUCCUGUUGCUGGAAAAGUAUAUUCUAAUUGCGUAGUGGAUGCUGCUUUGUUCAUGGGUAGAUCAUUUCGAGUUGGUUGGGGACCAAAUGGCAUUCUUAUCCAUUCUGGUAGUCUUGUCAAUAGUCCUGGAACUGGCCUUUCAUCUGUUAUUCAUAUAGAGAAAGUUGCAGGUGAUAAAGUUGUGCGAGAUGAGCAGAACAAAGUUAAAGAGGAGCUGGCAGAACUAUGUUUCUCAGAUCCAAUGGACCUCCACAGGAGGCUUGAUCGUGAAGUUCUGGAAACUGAGUCUGACUCGUUUAAACUAAAGCUUCAGAAAGUCGUGGCAAGUCGUUUGGUCUUGCCAGAGAUUUGCAGGUCGUAUAUUGAUAUCAUUGAAAGGCAGCUUGAAAUCAGCGAUUUAUCUAUGUCUUUGCGUGUGCUGUUAAUGCAUCAAGUUACAGUAUGGGAGUUAAUUAGGGUCUUGUUCUCUGAGAAAACAGCUGGCAACCAGUUAGAAUUUAGUGGUGAUGAGGAUCAGGAGGGCAUGAUUAUAGAUAAGAAAGAAGUUUCUGUGAACAUAGACCUUGAAGCACUCCCUUUGGUUAGGAGAGCAGACUUUAGCAAUUGGUUACAAGACAGUAUCUGUCAUCGGGUGCAAGGAGAGGUGGGUUCCUUAAGUGAUGCCAGGUAUUUGGAACAUAUUAUUCUGCUUUUGACUGGUCGACAGUUGGACACAGCCACGGAAAUUGCUGCUUCAAGGGGUGAUGUCCGGUUAGCAAUCUUGCUAAGCCAGGCAGGUGGAUCGAUGUUGAAUCGAUCUGAUGUUGCCCAACAACUGGAUCUGUGGAAAAUAAAUGGUCUAGACUUUGAUUAUAUCGAGGAAGACAGGUUAAGGAUAUACGAGUUGCUUGCUGGUAACAUACAAGGUGCUUUACUAGAUUCACCAAUUGACUGGAAAAGGUACCUUGGUUUAAUCAUGUGGUAUCAGUUAUCACCAGAUACGUCACUUGAUAUAAUCAUUCAUUCUUAUCAUCAACUACUUGGUGAGGGCAAAGUUCCAAAUCCUGUUCCUGUAUACAUUGAUGAAGGACCUCUUGAGGAAGCAGUUCAGUGGUCCCCAGGUGAUCGUUUUGACCUAUCAUUUUAUUUAAUGCUUCUUCAUGCCAACCAGGAUGAGAAGUUUGGGCUGCUAAAAACUAUGUUCAGUGCAUUCUCAUCAUCUUACGAUCCCUUGGACUACCACAUGAUCUGGCAUCAACGUUCUAUUCUGGAAGCUAUUGGUGCUUUUAGUGCAAAUGAUCUCCAUGUACUGGAUUUGAGUUUUGUUCAUCAGUUACUAUGUCUGGGGAAAUGCCAUUGGGCUAUCUACGUCAUUCUGCAUAUGCCACAUCUGGAUGAUGCUCCUUACAUCCAUGAAAAGUUAAUCAAGGAAAUUUUGUCACAGUAUUGUGAAUUAUGGAGUAAAGAUGUGGCUCAGAGGCAAUAUAUUACAGAACUUGGUAUACCAGCAGAAUGGAUACAUGAGGCUCUGGCUCUUUUCCACGAAUACUAUGGAGAUCGGCAGGGUGCACUAGAGAAUUAUAUCCAGUGCGGCAAUUGGAAGAAAGCUCAUACAAUUUUCAUGACAUCUGUUGCUCAUUCUUUGUUUCUGUCAUCAAAUCAUCAAGAGAUCUGGGGUAUUACAAACGUUUUGGAGAAUCACAAGUCUGAAAUUGCUGACUGGGACAUUGGUGCUGGAAUAUACAUAGACUAUUUCAUUAUAAAGAACUCUAUGCAAGAAGAAAGUACCAUGGAUGAUGAUGAUUCAGAUCCACUGGAGAGGAAAAAUGAAUCAUGCAAGAGUUUCUUCGGCCGAUUAAAUGAUUCACUGCAUAUCUGGGGAAGCAAAUUACCUGUUGAGGCGAGGGCAUGCUUCUCGAAGAUGGCAGAGGAGCUCAGCCAGCUUCUAAUGAACUCUCCUGGCGAGGGUUUGGGGCCAGAUCUCUACAUGGGUUGCUUUCAUACGAUGCUCAAUGCUCCUGUCCCUAAUGACCACAAGGCGUCCUACCUGCAGGAGGCAGUCUCUGUUUUCACCGACAUACUUUGUGGAGAUUAAUGCUAGAUGGUCCACAAACAUUGUUUCUGUGCAUGACCUAUGAUAUUGUUUAUGCGGACUCAAGUCACGUAGCCUGGGUUGCGCGAGAGCCAAAAAUCUGCACUCCUCACGAAUGGAAGAGUUACAGUAGUCUCCAUGUCCUAGAGGACUGUGAUGUGUACAAUUUGCUAAUGAUUGGUUGGUGCAGAGAAUUGUCAUCCCCUGUUAUAACUCAGGAAGAAAUGUAACGAGAUUUUUCCUGCAUAGUGCAUAGAGUGAAAACUUGUCCUGUAAUCUGUGCUGAACCCGUCAACUUGCUGCUUCAGGUAUUUCUGUAAUCACGGAGAACAGCAGCUCAUGUAAGGUGUGCGUGGGUUAAAAAUCAAAGAGCUGUCGUA